UUUUAGGUUAGGUUUGUGAAUUACGUCUUUAUUUAUUUUACAACUACAUGCUAUCAAAAACUGUUAUUUAUAUUUUUAAGUGUCUCAGUUUACACACGUCUAUUUAGCAAAUAUAUAUUGGUAGAAAUGAAUGACAAAUAUAUGCACUCUGAUAGCAAUAUAAUAUAUGUCGAAGAAAACAUACCAGGGCCAUUUGAGGACAGUGUUGAAUACAAUAAUAUAGUAUGUCAUUUUAAUUCCCGGUUAAUAAAUAACUGCAAAUGCGAUUCAAUAUGUACAACAGGAUCCUGCCAAUGCUUGAUGAAAUCUGGAGAUGCUAAUUACCAAAUGGAGGGGUAUAGAUUAAACUUCCACAAAGAUUAUGGUAAUUUAUCUUAUCCAAUUAUAGAAUGCAACAGUUUAUGUACUUGUUCGGAGAGCUGUGGAAACCGUGUGGUUCAGAAAGGACCUAUUAAUUGUUUAGAAGUAAAAACCUGUAGUAACAUAUCCAAGGGUAAAGGACUGUUCACUACUCAAUUCAUUCCUAGAGGUACGUUUAUAUGUGAAUAUGCUGGUGAGAUUAUAACUCCUCAACAAGCUAAGCAGCGGCAUAAAUUAAAUGACACACUCAAAAAAAUGAACUAUAUAUUUUGCCUCAAUGAAUAUUGUGACGGAACACAAUUGCAGAUGAUAGUAGAUCCAAGUGAGCUCGGCAAUAUUGGUCGCUACAUCAACCAUAGCUGCGAUCCUAACUGUGUUAUUGUACCUGUCAGAGUUGAUAAUCCUUUACCCAAAUUGGCUAUAUUCUCUCAAGUAGAUAUACAUCCAGGUUCUGAAAUAACAUAUAAUUAUGGCUCAAACAGUUUUGUUAAUUCACAAGAAGUAGAAAAUAGGAAAAUAUGUUUAUGCGGCAGUAACAACUGCUUUGGCCUGAUGCCUUCUGACAAAUAUUGAGAUGUUAUGUGUGUUAAAUGAUGCUGCUGUAACUAUUGAA